ACUGUUUAUAUUCUCCUACUUCCACUGAAAACCAGAGAGGUGUGUGUGCUCCUCUUUGCACUGAGGGAGAACCAGAAAAAAGUGGAGAGAAAACUUGUGCUUUGCCUUUUUUCUUCAUCCAAUCUCUCUCUCUCUCUCUCUCUCUCUCUCUCUCUCUCUAGAUAACUCUAUAUAUUUACAUACAUCCGUUAAACCCCAAGAGCUCCACUACCUAACAAUCCCCAUUUUCUUGAAAACUCCCAGUUCAAAUUCAUCCAAGAUCCAGCCAAAACAGUGUCUGUGUGUUUUUGGGUUUGUACUGAAGGAUAAAAAAAAGGAAGGGGAUUUAGGGAAAACUCCAUAAAGAUUUAUUUUUUAUUUUUAUUUUUUUUGUGUGAGAGAGAUUUAGGAGAACCCCAUAAAAAUUCAAUCUUUUUCUCUUUCUGGGUGUGUGUAGAAAUGGCUGAAGUGAAAGGAAACAAGAAGAGGCUGUCAAUAAAUCUUUCCCUUUUUACCCUCACUGAUCACAACGGCAGCAAUAAAUCUCCUAAGAAAUUUGAGGACCCAAAUGGUGCUGUUGUUGGGCUUGGAAUUGUGGCAGCUUUGACUAAUAACAGUAAUAAUAGUAGAGCUGCAAUUCUUGCAAUAUCUCCAAGAUCAACUAGUUCAAACCCAAUCCCAAUUUUCACUGCUAAUAAUAGUAAUAAUAAUAAAACUAAGAAGAAGAAGAAGAGUAAGAGGCCAAGUAUUGAAGAAAUGGAGAUGUGUGAGGAGUACACGUGUGUGAUUUCUCAUGUGGGUACCAAUUUGAUUAAGAAAAGAGAGUAUUUUGAUGGUGAAUUCAUAGGAAACACCAACUCCCAAAAAGCUGCUACUGCUACUGUCAAUCAUGGUGAUACAAUGAAAUUUAGGACAGCUGAUUUCUUGAAUUCUUGCUUUCUUUGCAAGAAGCAGCUUCAGGGUUUGGAUAUUUUCAUGUACAGAGGGGAGAAGGCAUUUUGUAGUGCAGAGUGUCGUUGCACACAAAUAUCAAUCGAUGAACACAAAGAGAAAUGUGGCAUGAAAUCGCUUAGCGACUACUCUGUUUCUCCUUGCUCGGGUGCAAUGCAGUUUUUCACUGGCGUCGCCGUGGCAUAACAACUCAAAAUUGUAUGGUACCUUCAACUUUACAUAAAUAAAUAAAAGGGGCGAUAUAUAUAUAUAUAUAUAUAUAUAUAUAUAGGUUUCGAAAGGUAUACCGAAUAAAAAUUGGUACCCACCGGCUUAGAGAUGUUAGAUUUUUAUGUUAAGGAUAUUCUGAGCAUGCAAUCUCUGCAACUCGAAGAGUAAGAAAAAACAUUCCGGGAAAAGCAUGUAAUGAAGUUUGGUAGAAACUACUUGGAGCCCGUUUGGAUUGGCUUAAAAAAAGUAGCUUUUAAGUUAAGUGCUUAAAAGCAUUUUAUAAGUGCUGUAACUUGUUUUAUAAAUAAACAGUUACGUGUUUGGAUAAAAGUGUUGAAAUUGAAAACAAAUUGGUGAAGUGUUUGGAAAAA